UCCACGCCCCCGCACUCCACCUAAGCAAUGGGAUAUGUAGGAAAUAUCCGUGGAGAGAUGGGCUGAAACUCCUUUCGGUUCAUCCAAAAAGAUCUCUCAAGCGGCCUAUAGCAUUCCAAAAGCACAUAAAUAUCAUACAGUGGAAUGAGCAGGCUGAGGUGGGGAGAUGCCUUACGUGGAUCGGCAGAACCGGAUCUGUGGCUUCCUGGACAUUGAGGAGAAUGAGAACAGCGGCAAGUUCCUCCGACGCUACUUCAUCCUGGACACCAGGGAGGGUAGCCUGGUGUGGUACAUGGACAACCCACAGAACCUGCCCAAAGGAGCUGAAAAUGUUGGCUCCCUCAAACUCACCUACAUCUCCAAGGUGAGUGAUGCCACAAAGCUGCGACCAAAGGCGGAGUUCUGCUUCGUCAUCAAUGCUGGUAUGAGGAAGUUCUACCUCCAGGCCAAUGAUCAGCAGGAUCUGGUAGAGUGGGUCAACGUGCUCAACAACGCCACCAAGAUCACAGUGCCAAAGUCGGGGGAUGGCCAGCCCAGUGCAGAGAUGCCCCAGGAGGGGCUGGGUGCCAUGAAGCAGAUCUCCUAUAAGACAGAGAUCAUAGGUGGAGUACCCAUCAUCACUGCCACACAGGAGCAGGGCGACGGGGGGCAGAACGGAGCAGAGCGGGGGGGCCAGCGGAAGGCCCACAGCCAGCUGCCCUACUUCCUGGGGCGAGGGGCACAGGACCAGGCGCUCAUCAAGGCUGGAUACUGUGUCAAGCAGGGAGCCGUGAUGAAGAACUGGAAGAGGAGAUACUUCUUACUGGAGGAGAACGCGGUCAGCUACUUUAAGUCAGACCUGGAGAGGGAGCCUCUGCGUGUGAUCCCGCUGAAAGAGGUUCACAAAGUUCAGGAGUGCAAACAGAGUGACUUAAUGCAGAGGGACAAUCUAUUUGAAGUCGUCACUAGCUCAAGGACCUUCUACAUGCAGUCGGACAGUCCAGAAGAGAUGCACAGCUGGAUCAAGGCCAUCUCAGGAGCAAUUGUGGCCCAGCGGGGGCCUGGACGCUCAGCUGCCUCUGAGCACAGCGACCACUCCACCACCAGCACCCCUUCCACCUUCUACUGCAGCAGCAACCACGGGGGACCCCCCGCCCCUCGCUCGCCCGUCCAGGCAGAGCCACCCUACCCCCAGCCCCAGGGGGGCCCGGGCCCUUACCUGGGACAGCCAGGACUUCAUGGGCCUGCUGCCCUGGCGAGGCCACCCGGGGGCACCACCACCACCCCGCUCCCGUCUCUCCCUCCAGGAGACCCCCCGCCUGUCCAAGUGAGCGCCUCGUCCCUGUACCACAUCAACGCUGACCGGGAGGACCUGUCACCAUGGAAACGGCGCAGCGAAGUAGAGGGCGACCAACUUGAAAUCUCCACCCUCAGCUUCGAGGACUCAGACCUGCAUGUCAGCCAGGUGUGAGCCUCUAGUCUAACCCCUGACCUCUGACCCCUAACCCCUGCCUCACAGGACACCGCAACCUAUCACCCUUAACCCCACUCCCCCAUUCCCUCCACCACCUGUCCUUCACUCCCCAUGCACAGUACAUGCUCAUUGGAGGUGGAUGCAGGUGUAUUCACACAGACACAAAGGGGACUGGACAGUUAUCACCAACGACAAGCGGAAAGCCAAUCAAACGUGACCAAAAUGGAGCUGAACCAAUCAGAGCUGACCCGGCCCUCAGGAAGACCCUGGUUGUGAUCGGUGAUCGUCUACUCUACCCCUGUAUCCAGAGCCUCUUACCACAGCCAAUGGCGUGAUGUGUCAGGGCAAGGAGACCUCGUCAGAUGUUCGGUUUUAUUUCAGUCUCUUUCGUUGUUGAUAUUUCUGUUGGGUGUUGCUCAUUCUUUCUUGGUGUUGGUAUUGUGUGGUAUGAUUCAUUAACAUCAUCCCCUGUCCAUUGGCUAAAGAGGUUACUGAAUUGGCUUACUCUGCUGAGAAACUCACUGCUCACGUUUCUCCACCUUGUCCUCCUUCUCCCGGACAUCACAUGAUUUACUGUUAUCAGUGUUGUUGGGACUAAUUUAAAGAGGAGCUAGGUGUUAUUUGUAUUGAUAGUUAUGUAAAUGAAGAAGGUGUAACUGUUGACAGUGAGACAACCCCACUCAUACACACAAUGGUUUAGAUUUGUAUGUACUUUUAAGAUGUUAAAUAUAUUUGCUUUUAAGCUGACCAUUUAGUUUCUAUCCAAAGCAUGCCGUUGUGGAAGCACCUAAUGAAAUAUGAAACCAAAUCUUUAAAAUAACCAGAUGAAAUUCCCUGCACCAUUCUUACUUUCAGUUGUGUUUUGGAGUGAGUGGGUCUCGUGUAUAUUUCUGUUUUUAGUUAUCCUUUAGAAAUGCUUUGGGUCCUUAUGUUCAUAUGAAAGUUACACUUGUUGUGUUCGUUCAGACUCUCUCUUUCUCUCUCUCGAUCAGUCACACGCACACUGUCACACCUCUGUGUUUUGCCAAAUUAUGUCCUGCACUGUAAUGGUAUGUGCCUGCCAACGUUAGCAUGCAUUUGUAUAGAGACAGAUAUGCACAGUACAGUACAAUACAUCUAUAGGCCUAUGGGUAGGGCCUUUCAACUGGCACUUUGUGGACUCUGUGGGCAGAUAGUCUGGUAGCUUGACCUGUUUUAUGGGUGUUCCUUUAAAGUCCACUUCUCUUUUCUACUGUAUGAGUACUGUACUACCUUUCUCAAUGCUGUGACUGUUUGUGUGUCUGUGGGGGAGAUGUACUGUGCCUGCGUUGCCAAUAUGGCAAGGAGGGUUUGACCUUUGACCUCAGCUGUGUACUCUUCCUGUAACCUGUUUUUACUGUGUUGCACAACUCUUAUUGUAAUAGCUGCUGAAGUGCCUGCGUUCUUUCUAUAGAGGAAAAAAAACAAGAAGCUAUUUUGACCCUUUUAAUUGUGUACCUGAUGUUCUGAAAUCGUGUGCAUUAUUUAUUAAGUGGAGUUUGAAAAUAAAUCAAUGGAUUCAA